AUGACAGGAGAUAGAGUACUAAAAAGACAUCACACGCUCUCAUCCGGAGCAGAUAGAGUUGCAGCUAAACUAACCAAACGAUUCACAGGUCCAUUUAUAAUCACAAAUAAAAUUUCACCAACAAUAUACGAACUAAAAUCAGAAAGCGGCAAAAGUGUAAAACAAGAAAAUGGAAAGAGGAAACGAGAAAGCCGGGCCAUCGGGAAUCACUCCCCGGAUGGCAUACCCCCCGGACAGACGAACACGACAGACACCACACAUACCGCUACUACAGACACCAGGACAACCACCACACCUACACAGAUACGGACCAGACGGUAUAGACAGCGCAGGCACACAAACAACACCCACCACCACCACAACACGACGCACACUACUACCCACCCCGGCCGAAUACACGCAACCACCCACAACCACACACACACCACCACCACAACACGACGCACACUACUACCCACCCCGGCCGAAUACACGCAACCACCCACAACCACACACACACCAAUCAUCACCACCACACGACGCACACUACUGCCCACCCCGGCCAAACACACCCAAACACACAGGAACACACACACAUCAUCCAGCACAACCACGACACCGACACAAUCUACAACCCCAAGCACAUACGCACAAACACUCACAAGCAAACCUACACACACCACACAAGUAACAAAAACAACAACAGAACACACACAAAAAACAAACCCCAGUGGCGCAGCCACCUGCAGCAAAUGCGGCGGACUGGUCCGCAAAGAAAAAUUACACGCACACGAAAACACUUGCAAGCACACAGAUCCCACCACGAAACGCAACACAAACACAGCACACAACCCAAGUACACGCACACGAACACCAUCACCGACACAAAGGCUCAGGGACCUGGUAGAAAGAGCGCUGGAAGAGGCGGAAAAACUAGACACGUGGGUGAAACAGACACGAACACACGACCAGACACCCACACACCAAACACAAAGACCGACGUACGACACAGCCAUGACUAUUUACGGACUACAACCAGCACACACCAACGAACGACCACCACACACCGAAUACACCCCCAAAAACACACAAACCACCGGAACAAAAACACAACACCAUACACGAUACGCCGCCACACCAAAAACCCUACAGAUGACACACACGAGACAAAGGACAAGGGACUAUCCACCCUUUCCAACAACACAAAAAAUCAAGACACACGACACACGACAGGCUAAACGCACAUUACAAACCCUAAACGCAUACGACCUCGCCCACCCUACCACCACGGACACAGAAAGGGACACAGAAACGGACACGACAAACACCGACUCCGACACAGUACGUAGACAAACCAAAAGACAGACCGUAGACGAGACGACAGACGGGGUGAGAGAAAGAGAGCACAAGCCAGCCACCAAACGCAACAGACCACACACCGGGUGCAGCGCAACACAACAGGUCAACACAGAGAAGAAACACAGACGAAGAAAACACGCAGACGCAACCCAGAAAACGCAGAGAACGACGCCACAAACCGGGGAACCAACACGAAAAUUUAAAAUAGAAAAACAAGUAUUAGUAGACCUAGCAAGACACAAAUUAGGAUUAAGACAGGACAAAUUAGAUUUAAGAAAACACCAAGUAGAUUUAAGGCAAACAGUAGAAUCAAGAGAAAGCAUAAUAAAUUGGCAGAGCGACAAACAAACGGAACGGCACCCAAAAAGGCACAAGGAGAAGCAACAGACACUCACUAACAACGAAACCCAACACGAAAACCAAAAAAAAAAAAAAAACACCCACACGACCACACUACCCUUUCCGCUCACCCUAUAG